UAUACUUAAAGGAAUUCUUGAUAUAUUUAUUGGUGCAUUCAGUACACUGCACUAUACUAGAAAAUUGCCCUGCUUAACUAUGGGAACCAGCCAGAAAAACUAAUACACAAAUGAGAUGAGCUUCGCUAGAAAUUAGUGAAGAGUAACAACCACAGGCAUGAGCGACGACGAGCAGUACCUCCGGGCCCUUGAGGUCCAGCGGAGAAACUUCGAGGCGCAGUUUGGAGCGAUAGAAGAUCUUGGAUAUGUGGAUAAGUCUCGAGAAGGUAGUGGGAGUAAAGAAGUUAGUGAGAGUGAAGAAGAUAGCGAAGAGCUGAGUGAAGAGCUUAGUGAAGAGCUUAGUGAAGAAGAAGAUAGUGAAGAAGAAAGUGGCAGUGAUAGUCAUAGUGAUAGUGAUAGUCAAAGCGAGUUCACUGGAUUUGAAGACAACAAACAGACAGUACCUGUACGACCCAAAGUAUUCAAACUAAACGACACUACUUCAACCCAUGUACCCAUAUCCAAAGCUGAUAGAAAGUUACUUAAAUCCGGUCGAGCACCAACACUUCAAGAGAUAGAACGGAAACAGAAACUUGCCGAUAAACAGACUGAGAAGCAAAAGAGAAAAGCCACCCAAGAGGAUUCAGAUAAUUUGGAAAAUGAUAUAAAACUUCAACGAUUACUUGAUGAAUCACAUAUUUUAGCCAACUCUCUUCAAUACUCAGGAGCUGAUGUAACAUUACAAACUCUUGACUAUGAAGAUCCUACUGGUAAUGCUCGUAAACGAACUAUGGAUUCUAGAAUCCGUUCAUUAGCAGCCAUUAAUUCUAAGACUGGUGGAUUACCUCAUAAAUUAGAGAAUAUGCCAAUGUCUAUGAGGAAAGGCAUGAUAAAAUCACGAGAUCGAAAGAUUCAAAAGUAUGAACAAGAAGCUAAAGAUGCAGGUAUUGUUUUAUCGAAAGUUAAGAAGGGUCAAUUACGUGAUUUAAAUGCCGGUAGAGGAUAUACAUCACAAGCUGAUCGAUUAGGAACUGGUAAGAAGAAUACUAAAACAAUGAGAGAUAGAGGUUUAAAGAUUGCUAGUGUUGGUAGAUCCACUCGGAACGGACUUGUAAUUCCUCAGGAUCUUAUCAAUAAGAUCAAUAGUCGGGGUCAUAGAAAUGAUAAGAAGAAGAGAAGAUAGAGAUAGUAAUAUAUAUAGAAUUUACC